AUUGAAAAAUAAAAACGUUAAUUUGACUCUGCUCCUCUGUCCAGUUUCAGAUUGAACCUCUCCUACUCCGAUUCCAAUCGAAGCCAUUCGUGAGUUCGCCGCCGAUUGCCGUUUGUUUUACAGAGCAUAGGACACCGUUUUCAUUCACGGGUCAAAUUGAUAAUCCAUUAAUAUCACCAACAGUACCCUGAUUUCUGUAUCCAUUUCUAGGGUUUCUUUUUCUAGAUUCGUAGCUCUUGGGAAUGAAUUCAGGUUUCGGAGUUGGAUCCCUUCUCACUCUUCGAUUUUCGGAUCUGAUUUCUGGCGCAAUUCGGUUAUGACCGGUCGACAUGUCUGAGAACCAUAACUCGGAGCAGGUAAUGGAAGGCUCUGGGGACUCUGGCCCAGCUACUGAAGCAUUGGAUUCGGAGCACAAUCAUGUCAUGGUACCCGAAGAGUCGAAUGGGUAUACACCAGAAACCGAGGUUGCGGUCGAGCGAGGCGAUUCUAACGACUUCAUCGAACCGGUUAACCAGGAAUCGGUGUCAUCACCAAUGAAUCGUGCCGAGCACGAUUUUGGGGAAGCCGGGAAAGAGGAUAUGUUCGUUGACUGCCCGGACGAGUUAUCUACUACAAAUGCUGAUAACAGGGAAGCAGUGGUGGCGGUAGGGACCGAAGAGAGUUCGGAGGAGAUGAAUGGCGUGCAUGAGAGUGGAGUUCAGGAAAUGGAAAACGGGACGCAGGUUGGUUAUGUGGUGGACGGUGAGCUGGAACACCUGCGGGAAAAGCUGGAUAAGAUGCUUCACGAGAGAGAAAGAAUUGCUCGGGAAUACGAGAGCGAGAGAGAGGCUUUUGCUGAAGAAGUUGCUGGGCUUCAUCAUCAGCUUAAGGCACUGACUAACAAGCAGCUGUUGUUGCCGGGUAUGGAAAACCAUUUGGUGGGUGACAACCCUUUGCUUAAAAUGGUGAAUGACUGCUCAGAGUUUGUUAAAGCCGCCUCAGAAGAACGGUUGCAAACUGAGGCGACAGUAAGAGAUCUUCAUGCCCUUCUUUUUUCGAAGGACCAAGAGAUUGAAUAUCUCAAUGCCAGGGUUACUGAGUAUGGGACUAUCAGUGUCACUGCUCGUGACGAGUUGCUUGAGCUGAAAAGAAAGGAAGAAGAUUUGUUUGAGAAAGUUCGCCGUCUAGAAGAUGAAAAUGGGAAAUUGGUGGCUCAACUUGAUAAAAAUAAAGUGGUCGUUGAGUCGGUGAAUGAGGAACUUGCAAAGACGAAAAUGGAACUUGAGCAGGAAAAGUUUAGGUGUGCUAAUACGAAAGAGAAGCUUUCUAUGGCUGUGACGAAAGGAAAGGCGUUGGUACAACAGAGGGACUCGUUGAAGCAAUCGUUGGCUGAGAAAACAAGUGAGCUCGAGAAAUGUUUAACUGAAUUGCAAGAGAAGUCAAGUUCAUUGGUGGCUGCGGAACUAAGUAAAGGGGAGUUGGUCAGAAGUGAAAACCUGGUCUCAUCUCUGCAGGAAUCGCUUUUGCAAAGGAAUUCCAUCCUUGACAAACUUGAAGAAAUUUUGUCCCAGGCUGCUGAACCUGAGGAAAUUCAAUCGUUGGAUAUUAUAGAGAGAUUUAGAUGGCUUGUGGACGAGAAAAAAUCACUGAAAGAUGUUUCAAUGGAAUUCCAAAUCGUGAAAGACGCAUUUUCCUUUACUGAUCUACCAGAAACCAUUUCAUCAUCUGACUGGGAAGCUCGAGGGAGUUACCUUAGGGAGUCAUUUUAUCGGGCAAAGGAUGAAAUAAAUACUUUGCGUGAUGAAAUUGUGAAAACAAGGGAAAAUGCACACAGUGAGAUUGACCGCUUAAGCGCAUCACUUUUGGCAGCAUUACAGGAAAAGGAUUAUCUUCAAACGGAGGUAGCUGACCUGAUGUGCAAAUAUGAAGGGAUUGAUGAAAAAGUUUCAUUGGAGAAGAACCGUAUAAGCGCUUCACUUUCUGAAGCAUUAGAGGAAAAGGAGUUUCUUCGAAUGGAGUUGGCUAAUCUGAUGAGCAGAUAUGAAGAGAUUGUUGAAAAGGAGCAUCAAGUCUCACUGGAUAAAGAUUGGAUAGUUAAAAUGUUACUUGAGUUUUCUGGAAGCGAAAUGGAAAAUGAAGAAGGGAUGUAUCAGUCUGACAAUUCUGCGAUCAUUCACAAAUGCUUUGAGAAGAUAAAAGAACAGAGCAGUGUGGCUUUGGAUUCUUCCCAUGUUAACACAGAAUUGUUUCAAAGAGUUCAAAGUAUCUUAUAUGUAAGGGAUCAAGAGUUGAUGCUGUGUGAGAAGUUACUUGAAGAGGAUAUGGUGGUGAGAUUAGAGGUUAAUAAACUGUCGAAUGAGAUAAAGUUACUAUCUGAAGAACUUGUAGCAUUGAAAGAGGAAAAGGGCUCUCUCCAUAAGGAUAUUGAAAGAUCAGAAGAGAAGUCUGCUUUGCUAAGGGAGAGGUUAUCCAUGGCUGUUAAGAAAGGCAAGGGACUGGUUCAAGAUCGGGAAAACAUGAAAAAUCUUCUGGAUGAAAAAGACUUAGAAAUCAGGAAGUUGAAGCUUGAGUUACAGCAGCAAGAAUCUGCAGUUGCUGACUGCAGAGACCAGAUCAAUAGAUUUACUUCUGAUGUAGAGUGCAUCCCAAAGUUGGAGGCUGAUCUUGUUGCCAUGAAAGAUCAACGAGAUCAAUUAGAGCAAUUCUUACUGGAGAGCAAUAAAUUAUUGCAAAGAGUAGUUGAAUGUAUUGACGGAAUUGUUCUUCCCAAUGAAUCAGUUUUUGAGGGCCCUGUAGAAAAGGUUAUCUGGCUUGCUGGGUACAUUAAUGAAUGUCUGGAUGCUAAGACACAUGCAGAUCAAGAGGUGAGUAAGGCAAAAGAGGAUGCCCAUACUCUGGCUAGUAAGUUAGAGGAAGCCAAAGCAACCGUGAAAUCACUGGAAGAUGCAUUGUCAAUUGCAGAGAACAAUGUUUCUCGACUUUCUGAAGAAAAGAGGGAAAUGGAAGUUGGCAGGACAAAUGUGGAACAAGAAUUGCAGAAAGCAAUGGAAGAAGCGUUUUCUCAGACUAGCAAGUUUGCUGAGGCUUCUGCAACUAUGAAGUCACUUGAAGAGGCACUAUCACUGGCAGAAAAUAAUAUUUCCGUGCUCUUCAAAGAGAAGGAAGAGGCUCAAGUGAGUAGAGCUGCUGCAGAGAUGGAGCUAGAUAAAGAGAAAGAGGAAGUUGCUAUUCAGGCCACUAAACUAACAGAGGCCUACAAAACUAUAAAGGCACUUGAACAUUCACUAUCUCAGGUAGAGAGCAAUGUUGUUUUGCUGACUGAGCAAAAUAACGAUGUACAAAUGGGUAGAACCAGUUUUGAGAAUGAGGUAAAGAAGCUGCAAGAGGAAGUUGGGUCCUUGGCUAACAAGCUAGCAGAUGCAUAUGCAAGUAUAAAAUCACAGGAAGAUGAGCUUUUGAGGGCAGAGAAUGAUAUUUCAGUACUUCAAGGCGAAAAGAAAAAUGCUGAAGAGGAGGUGUUGUUGCUUAAUUCCAAGUUAAGUGCAACCCUGGAAGAGUUGGCUGGGACCAGUGGCAGCUUAGAGACCAGAUCUGUAGAACUCGCUGGACACUUUAAUGAUCUUCAAGUGAUUAUGAAAGAUGAGACUCUUUCAUCCAAAGUAAAAGAAUGCUUUGAGAAGAAAUUUGAGAGCUUGAAAACUAUGGAUCUCAUGAUUAAUAACAUAAGGGACCGUUUUGUUUCUAUGGACUUAGAAGACAUGCAAAGUCACCAGCUUAUGGAGGACAAUUCACGUUUUACAAAACCUUUCUCAGAUAGCAUUGACAGUAUUGCUGGUGUUGAAAUCGAUUACAGCUGGGCGAGUGCAGAUAGUGACAAUAUUUCUUCACAUUUUAGAAAUGCCGUGGAAGGGUUCCAGUGGAGAAACAAAAUUCUUGCAGAUAAGUUUGAAGGUUUCUCAUCAGUUGUAGAUGAGUUUGUUGCAUCUUUGUUGAGAAAAUUGCAGGCAGCAGAGAAUGGAGUAGUAGUUCUAUUUGAGCACAUUGAAUCUUUGAGACAGAAAACAAAGGAUCUGGAAAUGUAUAAACAGGAACAGGCAACUAGUAUAAGCAUACUGGAAAACGAUGUUUCCACUUUGCUGUCUGUUUGUACUACCGUUGCCAGGGAACUGCAAUUUGAGGUGAAGAACAAUCUAUUGGAUCUCAGCCAUGUCCCUGAGCUUGAGAAAUUUAACCAUGGUUUGUCCCUGGAAAUGAUAGGAAGCGAGGGAGUUGCCACAGUAGAGCACCUGGAAAGGCUUGAUGGUAGCAAAUAUGUCGAAGCUGCUGAAAAGUUGUUACUUGCUGCUAGAAAAGUACAAGCCUUUAUUAAACAAUUUGAGAGCACAAGUAAUAUGGCGGCAUCUACAAUUGAAGAAUUGCAGACUAAAUUGAAAGAAAGCAGAAAAGGUUUUGAAAAAGCUAUAGAAGAAAGGGAUCUAAACCAAAAUAGGGUUGCCGAGUUGGAGACUGAUGUGGAUGUACUGCAAAAUUCAUGCAGUGAGCUGAGGCUUAAUCUAGAGGAUUACCAAACAAAAGAGGAAAAGAUAAAGGAAAGAGAGGCAGAAGUUUCCUCUUUGUACAAUUCUAUAUUAAUUAAAGAACAAGAGGCAGAAGACUCCCCCCUGUCAGCAUCCCAAGUGAAAAUACUGUUUGACAAAAUUAGAGACAUAGAAAUCCCUAUCGCAGUCUCAGAAGUAGGAGACCUAGACCCGCAUAACUCAGCUGAUAUAAAGAAGCUCUUUCACAUCAUUGAUAGUGUUACUGAGCUGCAGCAAGAAGUAAAAUUUUUAUCUCAUGACAGAACAAAGCUACAUUCAAACCUAACAACACAGGUUCUUGAAAUUGAGCAUCUGAAGGGGGAAGUUGAAAAGCACAUUAGAGAUGGACAAGACUUGGAAAAAACGAAUAAUGAAUUAUCUGAGCUCAUAUUUGGAUUGGAGAAAAUUAUAGGUAUGUUCAAAGUUAGUGAUUUAGGUGAGCAAAAAUAUCCUGGAGCGAAAGGACUUCUGUCUUUGUUAGAAAAGCAGGUCGUGGCCAUGCUUUUAGAAUCUGAAAAUUCAAAAUCAAAAGCUCAGGAGCUUGCCACAGAGUUGCUGGCGAGCCAAAAUGUCGUAGAGGAAUUGUCAAUCAAGGUUAAAUUACUUGAAGAUUCAGUUCAAGGUAGUAAUGCCGAGCCCGACAUUGUUCAGGAAAGGAGCAUUUUUGAAGCACCACCGUUGCCUACAGGGUCAGAGAUAUCCGAAAUUGAAGAUUCGGGCCCAAUUGGACAGAAUACAGUAUCUCCUGUCCCCCUAGCUGCCCAGGUGCGAACUCUAAGAAAGGGUUCAACCGACCAACUUGCAAUAAAUAUUGGCGGGGAAUCUGAACGUCUGAUAAACAACGACGGAGCUGAUGAGGACAAAGGUCAUGUAUUCAAGUCUCUGAACACAUCAGGUCUCAUUCCCAAACAAGGAAAGUUGGUAGCAGAUCGUGUUGAUGGAAUAUGGGUCUCUGGGGGUCGUGUUUUGAUGAGUCAACCCCGAGCAAGGCUAGGCCUUAUGGCUUAUUCCCUCCUCUUGCAUAUAUGGCUUUUGGGAACCGUUUUGUAAUGAAGUCUGUGAUCGGUCUAUCCAUUGGAAACACCACAAAUUGUAUAAUAGGAUACUCAUUUUUUCCCCGAUUCUUUAUACCUGUGGUUAACGUUUAUGUAUAAAUGGUUUCAUUACCAUAAUGACUCUCUGCAAUCACAUUUUAGGGUUCAGGGAAUCCAAGUCUUUCGGCUUUUAGAGAA